UUUGGUGGCUGUCAGUGGUGGGUCAUGAGGGGCUGCGAUGUGUGGCGGUUGGCGCUUCUCUGCCUCACCCUGGUGGCCUCGGUCAGCCGCGCCCGGGGGGUUUUCGCCCGCCCUCACCUCCGCGCCGCCUCCCGUCCUGACCCGGGCCGCUUCUUUGCCGGCUCCUGGGCUUACCGCACCUGUUAUCUCGACCAAAAGAUUGAUCACUUUGGUUUUGCUGAAGAUCGCACAUUCAAGCAGCGUUACCUCAUAGCAGACCAGCACUGGAAGAGUGAUAUUGGGUCCAUCCUCUUCUAUACGGGCAACGAAGGAGACAUCACUUGGUUUGCGAAUAAUACAGGUUUUAUGUGGAAUGUCGCUGAAGAACUUGAUGCUAUCUUGGUAUUUGCUGAACACAGGUACUAUGGGGAGUCUCUUCCCUUUGGAAACAAAUCGUUUGCUGAUGCCAAGCAUCUGAAUUACUUGACUUCGGAGCAGGCUCUUGCUGAUUUUGCAGUACUCGUUGACCACCUGAAGAAGACAAUCCCUGGAGCUCAAGAUACUCCUGUCAUUGCUAUAGGGGGAUCUUAUGGAGGAAUGCUUGCUGCCUGGUUUCGAAUGAAAUAUCCCCAUAUUGUAGUCGGAGCUCUUGCGGCUUCAGCCCCCAUCUGGCAGUUUGACAACCUGGUUCCUUGUGGCUCCUUUUAUAGCAUAGUGACACAAGAUUUCGAAAAGAGUGGCAACUGCUGUUCAGAAAGCAUCAGGAACUCCUGGGCAGCCAUUGACCGUCUUGCUUCCACAGCGGAAGGUUUACACUGGCUUUCCUGUACCUUUCGGUUGUGCAGCCCACUGAAAUCUGUGAGAGAUGCUGCUGCCUUCAAAGCAUGGCUAAGCGAGAUAUGGGUUAACUUGGCCAUGGUUGACUACCCGUAUAAGGCGAACUUUUUGCAACCUCUCCCUGCAUGGCCUAUUCAGGUAGUUUGUAAAUACUUGAAAAACCCCAAGCUGCCAGACAAGUUGCUGCUCCAAAAUGUCUUCCAGGCAGUAAACGUCUACUUCAACUACACAGAACAUACCUCAUGUUUUAACUUAACUCAGUCUGCCACUAAAAGCCUUGGUCUUCAGGGCUGGUACUAUCAGUCUUGCACAGAGAUGGUGAUGCCCAUGUGCUCAGAUGGCAUCAACGACAUGUUUGAGCCUCAGGCGUGGGACUUCCAUGCCUAUUCCGAAGAGUGUUUCAAGAUGUGGGGGGUGCGGCCUCGACCUUCCUGGAUCCCCAUUUCCUAUGGGGGAAAGAACAUCAGUGCGCACAGCAAUAUCAUCUUCAGCAAUGGUGGGCUUGACCCCUGGUCUGGGGGUGGAGUAAUGAGGAACAUCACUGACACUCUGGUCGCUAUUGUCAUCCCAGAAGGCGCUCACCACUUGGACCUUCGCUCCAACAGUCCCUUUGACCCGGAUUCUGUGCUGAAAGCUCGCCUCUUGGAAGUUCACUUCAUGAGGCUAUGGAUACAGCAGGACAGAAGGCUGAAGAAGUGUGCCAGAUAACUGGGGGAAAAAAAUUAGGUUUCAUCUUCACCGUUUUCUCCCAGCAAUGUCAAGGAACAAAAUCGAUCAUCAGUUCGGUUCUCUUCACCAUCAUUCUUUAUUUCUCUUCUCCUCUUUCCCUCUCUUACUCUAAGCACUCAGUUUGAGCCUCCUGUUUCUAAUGAAGAGAUCUUUCAAAGUGGGAGACCUCAUGUGCAGAGAGUGGAGAGACUUGCAUUACUGGAUCCUUGCAAACACAUUCAAGAUGCAUGCAGCCCAUUACUCCUGGUCAAGCUGCUUGGGACUGCAUCAUGUUUUUUUUCCUGAGAAAACAAGAAGGGAAAGGCAGGUUCCUCCCCCCCACCCCCCAGCCUCACAUGUGUGGGAAGCUGGGCAUUUAACAGUACUUUUGGGAUUUGAUGCCAUAGAGUUAUGAUGGUAGCAUGGCUUGGAUCUAUUAAUUUCUUUAACCUCGGUGUUGGGAGGGGAGAACCUCUGUUGGAUUAUAAAUCCCAUCAUCCUUCACCACUGGUUGUGCCAGCUGGGGCUAAUGGGAAUUAGAGUCCCAUGACAUAAGAGGUAGAUGUUUUCCUAUCCUCCUUGUAAGCCAUAAUAGCUAACUCUACAUUUAUUCUGUUGGAGGUGGCUUCCCCCAAAUGUCAACUGCUAGGGGUCAAGAGUGGCAGGCAGAUGUUGUCUUUAGGAAGCUCAAAACAGGGCAUAAGAGCAGUUGGCAGGACAUAAUUAUAAAGGAUGUGGACCUAGGUCAAUCCUAGAUCUAUACUAGGAGCCAGAUUGUAUCAGAGGGAGCACACGCACACACACCCCAGCAUGGCUGCAAUUUGGAGGUUGAAGCACCAGCACUCCAUGGACCAAGAGGGGGACAUGUCAUUUUGCCACUGUAAAGUCAGCCCUCUUGACACCUACCAUGAACUGUGGAUGUAUGGUAGACAGAAAAGAUCCUUCCAUUCUGAUUGCCACCUCUGGUUGAUAUGGGUUAUGGACAUUUGUAGGGGUACACAUGUAUUACUUGGCUAAUAAACUACCCAUUUAGGCUCCUUGGUAUCACACAAGGUUUGUUCAGGUGACGGGGAAGGUGGAGAGCAGCUGUGAAGGAACUGCUUCAGAUAGAUAUAGUAGGCGGGCACAUAUUUAACUGCCCCAGCAAAUACAACCUUGAGAAUCCCCCCACUGGGAAAAUCCCCCACUGGCAAUGUGGGUGCAUUUUCGGGGUCUGUCAUGAAACUCUGAGGGUUAUUGAUGUGUACCUACUGUUGGAAAAAAAAAGGUUUCUGCAAAGUUUCAAAGAGAAGGAAAUGUUUCUACUGAAGUGAUCCAAAACCAGAAAAAAAACCAGGAUGUCAAUGUCUGGGUAAACUAUCUAAAUGAAUUCUCAACCACUGUGCUACAUAACAAAACUGCUGAUUUCUUAUUCCGGUCAAUGUCCUCUUCUAGCCUGUUUACUGAAAAAGAAGGAUAAUUAUUAGGAAAUUAGAUAAUCAUUAGGCAACCCCGAAGCCCUUUUCUUUCCCUCUUGGAGCUGCGGUAUAAAUAUUGUCUCGGCAAUGGAGGUGCCAUUUUCUGCUUCGUAGGUAACUGAAACACCUGACUACCUAAAGAACUCACAGUCUGUCAACUAUUUUUUUUUGCAAGGGCUUCCUCUUCUGUAUAGAACCAGGCUGAGCAGAAAGAGAAGCUUAGACCAUUGAAUUCAGUAGAAGUGCAAGUCCUGCAGUUAAUUAGUUUUGUGUGCAAACACAAACUUUAAUCAAGGCAAAGACAUACUUGCUUAGGCCUGUGCCAUGUCAAAGUACAGCUGCAAGUCAGAGUACUACCCUCCAUAGGAAACACAAAAUAUUUUUUUUAACCCCGGAGGUCUGAGCAGACAAACGUUCACUGUCCCUGGCCAUUGACCAUGGAGGCUGGAGUGUCCUGAGAUGAAGUCCAAAAGAUCAGAAAAAACAAUGCUUGAACGCUCUGGCUGUAGAUGAACAUGUGUUCAAUGAAGAAGUACCCUCUUUAUAUGCAGAUGGUCUUAGGUUUGAUCCGAGUACCUCCCAUUAAAGGAAUUCAGGAUCAGAUUACGAUGAGAUGUUUCUGACUUUAGAGAGUUUCUGCUAGUCACAGUAGAAAACCCUUGUGCACAAGUAAACUGCAUUGCUGUAAGCCAUCUCCCGAUAGAGUUUAGUUCCUUGAACCACCACACCGCCCUGGACAUGCCUGCUCUUCUCAGAUGUUGGAAGCUAAACAGGGUUGAACCUGCUAAGUUUAGUACCUGAAUGGUUUACUGCCAAGGAGGUCCAGGGAGGUUUAGGCAAAGAGCCAGUGAAUAUUAACAAUGCUAGGUUACUGGUCUUACUUCAGUAUAAGGCAGCUUCCUCUGUUCUCCCCUCCGUCUAGAUCUGGGGUUCCUAACCUAACAGCUAGGAGUUUACCUCUCUCUGUGUGGCCAUGAUUUCUGGGAGUUUGUAGUCCAAGAAAAUCUUGGGGACCCAGUGUUGGGAAUUGCUGAGCUAAAUCAUUAUUGACAGAUUUUUCCCCCUGAAAGGAUAGUGAGUCCCCAGCUACUGCUGGUGCAAUUUGCUGGCCCAGGGCUAUGGUGUGUGUGUUUGUGCAUGCACGCACACUGGGAGGUGUUCUGCUCUCAAUUUACAUGGGAUGAUGAAGAGUCUCAAGAUGUUCAGCAGUUACCUGUGAAUGGAUGGUGUUCUGCCUUCUUCUAUUGUGUUUCUCAGUAGACCAGUCAGUGCAGUAGUUUAAAAAUAACUAGAACUCUGCCAGGAGAACAAGACCAGCUUGUAGACUGGAUUCCCAAGUGUGUUUAAUAGGCUUCAUUUAUUUCCUUUGUGCAGUUCACUAAAAACAAAAGGUAUAUGGGAAGCAAAUCAGUCAUAUCUGUUGUUUCAACCAUGGGGGAUUUGUUGAGUAAAGACAAACCUUUGACAAGGGCAAUAUUUUAUCCAUGCAGCUCAAUUUUAAAGCUGCAGAUGUGCUAGUUGCAAAUGAGCAAGUCCAUGCCUUGUCUCAGAUUUCCCUGUUUAGAAUAAAGCUGCAAAGAUUUGAGGCUCAAAGUUUAUACCUCAAGGCCCUUUACAGAUGUGUGCAACGUCACCCUUUCUUAUGGAAGACUCAAACUGAAAUACAUAUGGCAAUAAAAAUGCAUUGUGAACUUGGAAGAACCAAAAAUGCUGUAAUAAAACUUAAAAAAUA